CCUUGUGGGUAAGACAUGGCCGCUCCCUGGUUGACAGCAAGGAAACACACCACCUCUGUUACAUUGAAAUACUCAAGUUUAACGUGCCAGAAGACAUCAUUGAAGGUGUGCACAUAACCCGAAGAAUGUUGGAAAACGACACACAGGAAAGCGUGGCUGCUAAGACCCUUUCACGGUCAGUGAUUGUCGAACUACUGGCAAAGAAUUUCCACAAACUGCCCGACAUUGACCAGAAGCUCUUCAUGUACGGACCAAUGUAUCUGGGCGGAAAUGGUGGCCUGGCAGGACUGAUAGCAAACAGCUUGUAUCGCCGUGCCCUGAACGUCACACAGGCACCCAUCACCUCCAGCCUGCCGAUGGCGGUGCUGCCCUUUGUGACGACUUACGCCCUCUACAACGCCACAGUGACCAGCCCGCUCCUAUCUGGGGAUCUCCAAUGCCCGAGCUGCGUGCUGUUGAGAGGCACACUUGUGGGUGUAGUCGGAGGCGCAGUGUACCCCAUUAUUCUGGCCUUACCUGUCAACAUUGGCCUUGCUACAAGGUACAACACGGCGCCCUUGCCGGAGAAGGGAAACCUCAUCCGGUUUUGGAUAGACCUCUCCAAACCGAUCCUGAGGAAGAUGAGAGCUGUUGUGGUCAUCCAGGCAUUUUUUGGCACCUUCCUCAGUUCCAGGAACUUUGAAAGCUACACCAAAUUAGCUAAAAUCACAUUUGACUCACAAGAAGAAGACCUACAAGACUGAAAUGUGGGGUAAAUUUGUGCAAUACUGUGUUUAGAUACGUCAUUUACAAAAACACAAGCAUAAUUUAGGUUAAUAAAGAGUAUGUUAUUAAAAGAAACACCAGUUUUAUCUGUGC